AGUAUCUAAUGCCUAAUGAGGAGUAACACAAUUCGGAGUUUUCUUUUUCUUCCGUCAGAUGUCGAAGGCCACAAUUACAGAAUGGCAACCGGAAUGAUGCAAACAUUCAUCACUGGGCUUAGAUCCAGAAGUGAAGAUUUGAGACUAAAGGCUGCCCGAGAUUUACACCAUUAUGUGACAUCUGAGUUAAGAGAGGCAUUGCAGGAAGAUGUAAUUUCAUUUGUUGAUGAUUUGAAUCACCAUAUAUUUGACAUGGUGUCCAGCUCAGAUGUCAAUGAAAAGAAAGGUGGCAUUCUAGCCAUAGUUAGUUUAUUGCAAGUAGAUGUUGGAAAUACCAAUGCCAGAAUGACUAGAUUUGCCAACUAUUUGAAAAACUUACUUCCAUCUCAGGAUGUAGUUGUAAUGGAGUUAACUGCAAGGGCACUUGGAAAAUUGACACUGGUAUCAGGAAGCUACACCGCGGAGUAUGUGGAAUUUGAAGUAAAACGAGCCUUUGAGUGGCUCAGUGGCGAGAGAAAUGAAGGUCGUAGGCAUGCGGCGGUGCUGGUUUUGCGAGAAUUGGCUUUAUCCAUGCCAACUUUCUUUUUCCAGCAAGUCCAGACUUUUUUUGACGUUAUUUUUUAUGCCGUUCGGGACUCCAAACCAAUGAUUCGAGAAGGCGCAGUUGCUGCUUUACGCUCUGCUUUAGUCGUCACAUCUCAGCGAGAAACUAAAGAAGCUCAAAAGCCUACUUGGUAUAAACAAUGCUUUGACGAGGCCCAACAAGGUUUUGAAGAACCGUUAGCCAAAGAUAAAGGACUAACAAAGGACGACAGAGCUCAUGGAUCUCUUUUGGUUCUUCAAGAGCUUCUACGUUGUUCGAAUGCAGAGGGUGAACGACUUCUCGCUGAACUAGAGCAAUUAAAUUUACUACAUUCACAGACUGUUCAGGAUUCUCUAAUUUCUACAACUUCCCGAGUGUUGCCGAACGGUGCUGUUGAAUUAAUCAACACUCCUACACUUUACAAUAAUCUCCGGCUUUUGCCAGGGCAUGUCGCUCAAUCAAGGAUAGCCAGCGCCGUGUCACCACUAUCGAUAGUUGCGCCCCAGCAGUACCCUAUAGUUGAAAGCGCUGCAUGCCGCCAAUUGACUGCUGAUCAUUUUGAUGAAAUUUGUGCCAACACUCUUCGACAUAGCAUCUCAAAAAGCAGCCAUGUACAAGCAGCUUUGAUGGGAAUUCUGCCUAGACUGGCUGCCUAUGAUCGAACCCGAUUUUCUGAUAGGUAUUUGGGCCCUUCGAUGAGCUACUUGAUGGCGUGUUUGACCCGCAAAGAAAAAAAUCCUCACCUUGCAAUGAUAACUAUAGGUUAUAUAGCAGUGUGUAUUGAAGGGGAUAUUGCUACACAUCUCCCUGGCAUUAUUAGUUUUGUUCGGACUUCUCUACCUCAAAAUAAAGACCCAUCUUCUACCAAAAAACGCUCCAGUCCCCCUGAUAUUGCUGUUUUCGUCUGUCUAAGUCUGCUUGGCCGAGCCGUUGGUCGUUCUCAUCUAACUAGUGAGUUCAAGGAUCUACUGGAUCCCAUGCUGUCCGUUGGACUUAGUCCUGCCCUGACAACUUGUCUUCGUGAACUGGCCUUGAGAAUCCCUCAUCUUAAAAAAGACAUUGCCGAAGGACUCUUGCGGAUGCUUUCACUAGUUUUGAUGCACCAACCACUUCGUCAUCCAGGAAUGCCAAAACAUCAUAUGGCGCUCACUCCAGUGGCACUUCAACCCCUACCAUCGAAUGGGGAUGACGUCAAUAGCAUCGUUUUAGCUCUAAGAACGUUGGGGAGUUUUGAUUUUCAAGGUCAACCACUACUUUUACAAUUUGUUCGCCAUUGUGCCGACAACUUUUUGUGCAGUGAGCAAAGGGCCAUACGUCUUGAAGCUGUGCGAACAUGCAGUCAGUUAUUGAAAUGUGCACUUCAGGAGUCGGUGAAAUUAAAGAAAAAGCCAUUGAGAAGCAGUGGAGUUCGCCUAGUUUCUGCUACGGUAGCCGAAGUCUUGAGUAAACUGCUCACCGCUGCCAUCACGGAUCCCGACGCUAGUGUCCGAUACUGUGUUUUUGCGAGUCUCGAUCCUCAUUUCUUUUCGUAUCUGGCGCUUGCGGAAAAUCUUGGCUCUAUCACUGUGGCGCUUAACGAUGAAGUCUUUGAGAUUCGAGAAAUGGCUGUGUGUAUCAUUGGCCACUUGUCUUCCAUGAAUCCGGCUUAUAUUAUGCCUGCUCUGCGUAAGCUUUUAAUACAGUUGCUCACCGAAUUGGAGCACAGUGGCAUGGGUCGGAAUAAAGAGCAAAGUUCGAGGUUAUUAGGACGCUUGGUUUCUUCCGCACCAAGGCUAAUCAAACCUUAUAUGGAACCCAUCCUAAAAAUUUUAGUUCCGAAAUUGAAAGAAAACGACCCCAAUCCUGGAGUCACAAUCGCCGUUCUCACUGCUAUCGGAGAUUUAGCUCAGGUGUCUGAGAGUGAAAUGAGGCUGUGGAGCCCUGAGCUACUCCCUUUGUUGUUGGAUAUGUUAGCUGAUUCUAGUCUUCCAGCUAAAAGAGAAGUUGCCUUAUGGACCUUGGCACAGUUGAUCGAAAGUACAGGAUGUGUGAUUCAACCUUAUCAAGAAUUUCCGUCACUGCUUGAGUUGCUACUGAGCUUUUUAAAAACCGAGCAACUUGUUUCCAUUCGCCGAGAAACGCUCAGGGUAUUGGGAUUGCUUGGAGCACUGGACCCCUAUAAACAUAAAAUGAACUUGGGUCAUAUUGAUAGCCAAGGUGACUCCAGUGCUGUAAUGUCAAUGUCUGAUGCUCGGGAUGCUGACUCUUUUAUGGAUUCGUCGGCAAGCGAAAUGCUAGUCAACAUGAACUACUCAUCGUUGGAAGAAUUUUAUCCUGCUGUGGCAAUCGCUACUUUGAUGCGUGUAGUGAAAGACCAAACGCUUUCUCAGCAUCACAACACCGUCGUAACUGCAGUGAUGUUCAUCUUCAAAUCCUUGGGAGUUCGAUGUGUACCUUACAUUAAACAAGUCGUCCCUAGUUUUGUAAACGUGGUUCGCUUCACCCCACUAACGGAGGUUUCCCUGAAAGAAUUCUUGUUCCAGCAGCUGGGAUUUCUAAUCGCGAUUGUCAAGCAGCACAUUCGUCCUUAUUUGGACCAAAUUUUGGAUCUUGUGAAAGAGCAUUGGACUGUAAAUAGUCCGUUCCAAAUAACAAUUAUCUUUCUCAUCGAACACGUAGCUAUGGCAUUGGGGGCCGAAUUUAAGAUGUAUCUACCUCAUUUGGUUCCAUUAAUACUGCGUGUUUUAACUCACGACACCAGCAAGGAUCGUAGCGUUACUGGUAAACUUCUUCAAGCGGUCCAGAAAUUUGGCAGCAAUUUGGAGGAUUAUCUUCAUCUUCUCUUACCACCAAUCGUUAAACUGUUCGAUGCCAUUGACGUCAAUAUUAACGUUCGGCGAACCGCAUUAGAAACUGUGGACCUCAUCAGCGACACUCUGGACUUGAGUGACUUUGCUUCACGUAUUAUUCAACCUCUUGUUCGCUGUAUUGAGAACACAAGCGAAUUGCGUCCGGUCGCUAUGGAAACCUUAGCCUCUUUAGUUGCUCAGUUGGGAAAGAAAUUUCUUAUUUUCAUACCUAUGGUCCAAAAAGUCCUGAAUCGCAAUAGAAUUCAGCAUCAGCGAUAUGACGUGUUGGUGGCGAAAAUUUUACAUGGUGGUGGUUCAGCCGACGAAGAAGAUUUAUCCGCGGCUCGUCAGCGAAGGGGAAAUUCUAAAACCAAAGAAGGAUUGAUUUCUUCGGAUACCACAACAGUAAAACGAUUACAUGUAGCCGCCAAUAAUUUGCAACGAGCUUGGACAGCAACACGACGUGUCUCGAAAGAUGAUUGGCUUGAAUGGCUCCGUAAAUUAAGUUCUGAAAUGCUCAAGGAAUCGCCUUCUCCGCCGCUGAGAUCUUGUUGGGCAUUAGGUCAAAGUUACAUUCAACUGCCUCGUGAUCUCUUCAAUGCCGCGUUUGUAUCAUGCUGGACAGAGUUAAGCCAGCAGCAUCAAAACGAGCUGGUUAAAAGCUUAGAACAAGCGCUCCGGGUUCCUGACCUGCCUGAAAUUACACAGACCAUUCUCAAUCUGGCAGAAUUUAUGGAACAUUGUGAAAAGGGUCCCUUACCAUUGGAUGCCAAGUUACUUGGUCAAAGAGCUAUGCAAUGCAGAGCUUAUGCCAAAGCACUUCAUUACAAAGAAGCCGAGUUCCAUGAGUCUCCCACUGCUCAGGUUUUGGAAUCGCUGAUAUCGAUCAACAAUAAACUUCAACAAAAAGAAGCGGCUGCUGGGCUAUUAGAGUAUGCAAUGAAAAAGCACGAAGGAGAAAUCCGAGUCCAGGAGAGAUGGCACGAAAAGUUGCAUGAUUGGGAGAGAGCUUUAGAAGCUUACAGAAAGAAGGAAAGUAACCAACAGCAACAGGAACCGGAAUUAGUACUCGGUCAGAUGCGUUGUCUCGAAGCGCUGUGUGAAUGGGGACAAUUACACACUUUGGCUGAAACGAAUUGGAAACAGGUCAAUGUAGAUGUUAAAAACCGAUUUGCUCGCAUGGCAGCCGCGGCUGCUUGGGGACUCGGGAAAUGGACUGCCAUGGAGGAAUAUGUUAAUUUUAUCCCGAAGGAAACACAAGAUGGUGCUUUUUACCGUUCUGUCUUGGCAAUUCACAGGGAGCAAUACGGUCAAGCGCAAACGCUCAUUGACUCGGCUCGUGACCUCUUAGACACCGAACUAACUGCACUUUCGGGCGAAAGCUAUCAGCGGGCAUAUGGAGCAAUGGUCUUGGUUCAAAUGCUCGCCGAGCUUGAAGAAGUUAUCCAAUAUAAAAUACUUCCUGAAAGAAGGGCUCCCAUCCGAAAGAUGUGGUGGCAACGCCUUCAAGGAUGCCAGAGAAUAGUGGAAGAUUGGCAAAAAAUCAUCCAAGUGCAUUCCUUAGUCAUAUCGCCCGAAGAAGAUAUGAGAACUUGGUUAAAAUAUUCAUCGCUUUGUCGAAAAUCUGGUCGUUUGGCACUCUCACAUAAAACCCUCGUAACUUUACUGGGUACUGAUCCUUCAUUGAACCCUGACCACCCACUGCCAACGUUGCAUCCCCAUGUAACCUAUGCUUACUCAAAACAUCUUUGGAUGUCAAAUCAAAAAGAACAGGCUUUCAGACAAUUGCACCAUUUUGUUCAAGCUUCCCUACAACCGCAAUCGCUGUCAUCGAUUUCAACUACACCCGUAUCUACGCCAGAGGAGCCAGACAGACACGUCGAGUUAGGGAAACUAUUAGCUAGAUGUUACCUAAGACUUGGACAGUGGCAAGAGUGCCUUCAGGGUAUUAAUGAACUAUCAAUUCCUGCUGUCCUCCAGUAUUAUGCUGCAGCAACAGAACAUGAUGCCACUUGGUACAAGGCAUGGCAUUCCUGGGCGUACAUGAAUUUUGAAGCUGUUUUAUUUUACAAACAUCAAGGACAAAAUACUUCCGCAAAUCAAACCCUGAUUGGAGAAAAUACGAAUAAAGGAUUGACCGCUCAGCAUGUGUCUUCUUACACUGUACCUGCCGUGCAAGGAUUUUUCCGUUCGAUUGCACUGUCACAUGGAAGCUCCCUGCAAGAUACUCUUCGUCUUUUGACAUUGUGGUUUGAUUAUGGGCAUUGGCCUGAAGUGUAUGAAGCGCUGGUAGAGGGUGUAAGGACAAUUGAUGUCAAUACUUGGUUGCAAGUGAUUCCACAGCUGAUAGCUCGAAUUGAUACGCAACGUCAGCUAGUCGGCAGACUCAUUCACCAACUUUUGAUGGAUAUUGGAAAAGCUCAUCCUCAAGCCCUGAUCUAUCCGUUAACUGUUGCUUCUAAAUCUGCCUUACAAGCUAGACAUAAUGCUGCCAACAAAAUCUUGAAGAAUAUGUGCGAGCAUAGUCCCGUGCUCGUCCAACAAGCUGUGAUGGUCAGUGAAGAGUUGAUUCGAGUGGCCAUAUUAUGGCAUGAAUUAUGGCACGAAGGACUAGAAGAAGCGUCUCGGCUGUACUUUGGCGAAAGAAACGUCACAGGCAUGUUUGCAACGUUGGAACCGCUUCACGCAAUGUUAGAGCGAGGACCACAAACCCUUAAAGAAACGUCAUUUCACCAGGCUUAUGGGCGAGAAUUGCUGGAAGCCCAAGAUUGGUGUCGACGGUACAAAACUUCGUUGAACGUUCGAGAUCUAAACCAAGCUUGGGAUUUAUAUUAUCAUGUUUUCCGACGCAUUUCACGACAACUGCCUCAACUUACGAGUUUGGAACUUCAAUAUGUUUCACCAAAAUUACUUCUAUGCCGCGAUCUUGAACUAGCAAUUCCCGGCAGUUAUGUACCUAAUCAACCUGUAAUCAGGAUAUCGCAAGUCAACAGUUCACUGCAAGUUAUUACGUCAAAGCAGAGACCUAGAAAACUAUGCAUAACUGGUAGCAACGGCAAGGAAUACAUGUUUUUAUUGAAAGGGCACGAAGACCUCCGACAAGAUGAGAGGGUCAUGCAGCUGUUCAGUUUAGUUAAUACGUUAUUGAUCCAUGAUCCAGAAACUUUCCGUCGAAAUCUCACUAUCCAGAGAUAUGCGGUUAUUCCCUUGUCAACAAACAGCGGUUUGAUUGGUUGGGUCCCCCAUUGUGACACUUUGCAUUCGUUGAUUCGUGAUUACAGGGAGAAGAAAAAAAUCCUGCUUAAUAUCGAGCACCGAAUCAUGCUUCGAAUGGCUCCCGACUACGAUCAUUUGUCACUAAUGCAAAAAGUGGAAGUAUUUGAGCAUGCACUUGAGCACACACAAGGUGAUGACUUGGCCAAGAUUCUCUGGCUGCGAUCUCCUUCAUCGGAAGUCUGGUUUGAUAGAAGAACAAACUAUACAAGAUCCCUAGCUGUUAUGUCUAUGGUUGGAUACAUUCUUGGACUGGGAGAUCGCCACCCGUCCAAUCUCAUGUUAGACCGGUUGAGUGGCAAAAUACUUCACAUUGAUUUUGGCGACUGCUUCGAAGUCGCUAUGACUAGAGAGAAAUUUCCUGAAAAGAUCCCUUUUAGAUUGACUCGCAUGCUUGUCAACGCUAUGGAGGUAACCGGGAUUGAAGGAACGUAUCGCAGCACAUGCGAAUCCGUUAUGUCUGUACUUCGCGGAAAUAAAGACAGUUUAAUGGCUGUUUUAGAAGCCUUCGUCUACGAUCCACUUUUGAAUUGGAGAUUGGUCGUAGAUAAUGUAGCAAAUACCAAAACCACCCGACGGUCGAAAAGCAGGCAUGAAUCCUCUUCAAAUAAUAGCGGUCAGGGUGAUGUUGGAGAUAGCAUGGAAAUAACUGCAAAUGCAGCAGCAAAUUCUAGCAGCGUACUGAACGCUGCAGUUAGCAGAAGCAAAAAUGAGACAGUUGAAGCCGUUGUCAAUGACGGACCUCAACCUGAAAUACUAAACAAACGAGCUUUGACUAUCGUGAGCCGUGUGCGAGACAAGUUAACCGGUAGGGACUUCCCUAAUGAAACGGAAGGAACACUGAGUAUUGACCGACAGGUGGAACUCCUGAUUCAACAAGCGACUUCUCACGAAAAUUUGUGCCAGUGUUACAUAGGCUGGUGCCCUUUUUGGUGAAAACUGCAAUCAAAUAGAAACAUCCACCUCAACCAGCAAUUUAAUGCUGUUAAGGAAGUUUUUGAUUUCAUUUAAAUUCCCAGUUUUCACAAUUCCUUUUAUUAGUUAAUUGUUGAAGUUGUAAAAAGUAUAAGGGAAAAUAAAUUGCUCACUCCU